AAAUUAUUUUAGUGGUGAUGCUACCCUCUUUACUCAAAACCGUAUUAUUACUCAAACCUGAAAUCAUCGAAUCCAAAUGAUGUGUGUUUUCAAAUCAUUAAGCAUAAGCUACAGACCAACAACCCCAUGUGGAAGAUGAUGAUGAUGGCCUAUUAUACUCUCUCAGUCCCAAGAUCUGAAUUCUGACACUUCCUACUCUUCCUCUUCUUCUCUCGGCAACACAAACUUCAAUGGCGUUUCAUAGAGCUCCAAAGGCCAAACAAAAGCCCAGAUCCUCAAUUAUCUACUUAGUAAUCGCCGUAGCUGCCAUUAGCCUCCUCUUCCUCGUUUCCUCUCUACUCUCCACAAAUGGGUCUUUAUUUUCUUAUAAUGCCUCUGAAUACAUUGCCAAGUUAAAGAGACCCAAGUACCGCCCUACAGGGAAUGAGAAAUACUUGUAUUGGGGUAACAAAAUUGACUGCCCUGGAAAGCAUUGUGAUUCCUGUGAGGGCCUCGGUCACCAGGAGUCCAGCCUCAGGUGUGCUCUUGAGGAGGCUAUGUUUCUGCAGAGAACUUUCGUAAUGCCUUCUCGAAUGUGUAUCAAUCCAAUACAUAAUAAGAAGGGAAUACUUCAUCAACAGGCCAGUAAUGAAAGUUCAGACGAAAGGUGGGCAGCAAACUCGUGUGCCAUGGACUCUUUGUAUGAUAUGGAUUUCAUAAGUGAAACUGUACCAGUAAUUUUAGACAAUUCAAAGUUGUGGCAUCAGGUGCUAUCAACAAGUAUGAAGUUGGGAUCCAGAGGGAUUGCCCACGUUGAAGGUGUUAAUCGAGUUGAACUCAAAGAGAACGAUCGUUACUCGAAUCUUUUACUAAUAAACAGAACUGCUAGCCGUCUUUCAUGGUUUAUGGAGUGCAAGGACCGAAAUAACCGCAGUGCAAUAAUGUUGCCAUACUCGUUUCUUCCUUCAAUGGCAGCAGCGAAUUUAAGGAUUGCAGCAGAAAAGAUUAAAGCACGCCUUGGUGAUUAUGCUGCCAUCCAUGUUCGCCGAGGGGAUAAAAUAAAGACCAGGAAAGAUAGGUUUGGAGUCGAAAGAAGCUUGCAUCCUCAUCUAGACAGGGAUACAAGAGCAGAGUUUAUUCUCCAUAGAAUUGCAAAAUGGGUACCACCAGGUCAAACUCUCUUUAUUGCCUCAAAUGAGAGGACACCAGGAUUCUUUUCACCUCUUGCUGCGAGGUACAAAUUGGCGUAUUCAUCAAACUAUAGCAAUAUUAUCGAUCCCUUGAUUGAGAACAAUUACCAGUUAUUCAUGAUAGAGAGGCUGAUCCUGUAUGGAGCCAAAACAAUUAUUAAAACAUUCAAAGAAGACAACACAGAUCUCAGCCUCACCGAUGAUCCGAAGAAGAACACCAAAUUAUGGCAAAUACCAGUAUAUACCAUGGAUGAAGAGUGAAGGCAAAGCUAAGAGAAUAUUUGGGAAAUGAGGCUGAAUACUGCUGUGAAUUUUGUAAAUUAUGGUAUGAAUGAAAUUACUAUACGGAGUUUAAAUUUUAUACUAAUUCUUACAUUUUUUGUCCUAAUAGCCUAGAUGGUUUAUUGGCAUAUUGCUGAUGUUACAUGUAUGUUUUUCAUCACUGAGUUGUGUUUGUUUUAACUUAAGAUGUCUUAUUUUUAUUAAUUUGAUCAUUAAAAAUUUCCUUAUCAAAA